CACAGUUCGCUCCCGGCGGCCAUUUCCUGUUCGACCGUGCGCGUUUCAGAGAUUUGGUCCAUGAUGGCUGAUGAUCAUGAGAAAGACUUACAGAGAUUUCUUAAAAAUGUGGAUGAAAUCACCAAUUUAAUUCAGGAGAUGAAUUCUAACGAUCCAGUUACGCAACAGAAAGCUGUGCUUGAGACAGAAAAGAAACUGCAGCUGAUGGUGGAAGAGCAAGAAGAGGAUGGAUGCAGGACCACCUUGAAUAAGACCACAAUCAGUCCUCCACAAGCUCCUGAGAAUGCAGAUGAGAUGAACCCAGAUGCCUUCUUGGCAUGUGUGGAAAAAGAUGCACAGGAGCGAGCCAAGAGAAGAAGGGAAAACAGAAUCCUGGCAGACGCCCUGAAGGAAAAGGGGAAUGAAGCCUUUGCCAAGGGUGACUAUGAAACAGCCAUCCUGCAUUACAGCAAGGGUUUGGAGAAACUGAAGGAUAUGCAAGUACUGUACACCAACCGAGCCCAGGCUUAUAUAAAACUUGGGGACUACCAGAAGGCCUUGGUGGAUUGUGACUGGGCUUUGAAGUGUGAUGACAAAUGCACCAAAGCAUAUUUCCACAUGGGGAAAGCCCACCUGGCCCUGAAGAACUACAGUGUGUCUAGAGAGUGUUAUCAGAAGAUCUUAGAAAUAAACCCCAAGCUGCAGUCACAGGUGAAAGAAUACUUAAAUCAAGUAGAUCUUCAGGAAAAAGUGGAUCUUCAGGAGAAGGAAGCCCUUGAAUCUCUGGAUUCAGGAAAGAACACAGCUAUGGCAACUAAAAACCUCCUGGAAACCCUUUCCAAGCCUGGCCAGACACCCUUGUUCUAUGCAGGGGGCAUCGAAAUCCUGACUGAAAUGAUGAAGGAUUGCACUGAGAGAACUUUAUUCAGAACACAUGGUGGAUUCAGCAUCAUCAGUGACAACGAGGUCAUACAAAGGUGCUUUUCCACCACAGGGAAAGAUGCUGCUGAAGAGAUCGUCUGUGUGGCUGUUCUUAAGCUGUGGCAAGCAGUGUGCAGUGAGAAUGAGGAAAACCAGCGUCUACUGGUGACACACACUGACAUUGCCAGGCUGCUGCCCUCCCUCUUGGCCUCCAGAGUCCUGGUUACUCAGCAGCAGAGCCUGGCUCUGCUACUACAGAUUACUCAGACGGAGAACGGAUGGAACCUGGUCAUCAGCCACUUUGACCUAACACGAUUAUUGGAAGCCCUGCUGUCAUUUCUUGAUUUCUCAGAUAAGAAGGCCAACACCGCCAUUGGGCUACUCACAGACUUGGCUCUAGAAGAAAGAUUCCAAGUCUGGUUCCAGGCCAACCUUCCAGGUGUUCUCCCUGCACUCACAGGUGUUCUGAAGAGAGAGCCCAAGAUAACCAGCCCUUCGGCCCUCUGCCAGUGCAUUGCUAUGAUGAGUGACCUCAGUGCUGACCCUGCUGCCCGAGAGCACAUGUUGACCCAUGACGAAUUCGGGGACGCCUGCUUGAGCCUUCUGGUCAGUUGCGAGGAGGACAUGGACCUGUUCAGAGAGGUUGCGUACACCCUCCUAGGACUCAUCAUGAACCUGUCUAUCCAGGCCCCCUUUGUCUCAGAGGUAUGGGCUAUGAAGGUGAGCAGAAAGUGCCUAUCUCUGCUGAGCAGCAAGGAUGGAGGAAUCCUGACAAGAGCUGCUGGUGUGCUAAGCCGGACCCUUUCUUCCUCUCUGAAAAUUGUGGAGGAGUCCCUGAGAGCCGGAAUAGUGAAGAAAAUGAUUAAAUUCUUGAAGACUGGAGGCCAGACUGCAUCACGCUAUGCCAUAAAGACACUGGCUAUCUGCACAAACAGUUGUCACGAGGCUCGGGAAGAAGUAGUAAGACUAGAUAAAAAUCUCAGCAUCUUGAUCAAGCUGCUCACUUCGGAGGACGAGGUUGUGGUGGGCAACGCUGCCCUCUGCCUUGGCAACUGCAUGGAGGUACCCAAUGCCACAUCUUCCCUGCUGAAGACAGACCUUGUGAAAGUGCUCUUGAAGCUGGCAGGUGGUGACUCACAGAAGUCUGCUGUCCAGCUGAAUGCAGGCAUAGCCCUAGGGAAGCUGUGCACAGCUGAUUCCAGGUUUACUGUUCAACUGAGAGAACUUCACGGGCUAGAAAUCCUCAACUCCACAGUGAAAUACAUCAAGUGACUCUUGAGAGAUGUGCUAUCUGUGUGCAGUGUGUGGAUGCACAGCCAUUUGUGAAGGGUCACUGCUGUGCUAAUAAAGCCCUUUUAAAUAUCCA